AUGGCCAAGAAUUUGACCAAGAUAAACCUUUCUUAUAAUGAUCUAAUAGGUGGGAUUAGUUCCACUAACUGGAUAGAUCUUUCGAAUCUUUUUAACCUUGACUUGCGUUCCAAUUCGCUUGAUGGGAAUAUUCCAACGACCCUUAAAGGACCUUUACUCAAUGUUUAUAGUUUGAGUGUCCCUAGACUUCGUUCCAACCAGCUUGAGGGGGAACUCGUGGUUCCCCCACCAUUUGCCACAUACUUGGAUUUCUCGAGGAAUAACUUCUACUCUGCCAUACCAGCUAGCAUUGGUCACUCCCUUCCUUUUGCUUAUUUCUUCUCUCUUUCAAACAAUAAAUUCCAUUGGGGUAUCCCUCUUUCAUUAUGCGGCACUACAUAUAUUCAAAUUCUUGAUCUGUCAUAUAAUACUUUGAAUGGCACAAUUCCCCAAUGCUUGAUUGAGAUGAGCAAUACUCUUAAGGGUGUUGGAUUUGAGGAGAAACAAAGGGGCUCAAUAUCUGAUACAUUUCUAGAUGUUUGUGAUGUGAUAACAGUAACUAGUAAGGUUCUAGACAUCGAGCUAGUGAAGAUUUUAAUUAUAGUCACCUUGAUUGACAUUUCCUGCAAUAAUCUUGAUGGGCCAAUCCCACCAUCUCUGGGAAACUUAGCUCAACUGGAAUCCUUAGACUUGUCAAGCAACAAUCUCACUGGGGAGAUCCCCAUGCAACUUGCAGAUCUUAUUUUCUUGGCAGUCCUAAAGCUUUCGUUUAAUCAAUUGGUUGAGCAGAUUCCACAAGGCAAGCAAUUUGCUACAUUUUCAGAAGAUUCCUAUGAGUGGAACAAGGGAUUAUGUGGGUACCCUUUGGAGAUAGAAUGCACAUCUACUGAGCCUAGAUCACUACAUCCAACAUUUGAAGAAACUCAUUCGAAUUCUAGAAUUGUGAUUGACUGGAAUUUCUUAAGUUCAGAACUGGGAUUUGUUGUUGGCCUUGGGAUUCUCAUUGGACCCCUUACGUUUUGGAAGAGGUGGAGGAUAUGGUAUUACAAAAACUGA